AUGGGCACCUUCAGCCAAACAACCAGGGUCACAUUCUCUUAUCCGGCACUACCUGAAAUUAAACUCUGCUAUGCCGUGGUGUCUGCCUCUAUGAUCUACGGCCUGAAUUGCAUAUGGCAGGCUAGUCGAAACUUCGAAUGGGGUGUGGGCGACCAUGGAGUGUACAGCUCUUUACCAUUCUAUGGAUCCGCUAUUAAAGAUCACACGAAUUGGGAAUGGAUGAAUUGGUCUCCGUUCGCACUGCACUACCUACCGCUCUUAAUUGCACAUUCCCUACUGUUCAAUCUGGGAUCUAAGCUGAUGGCAGAAACUCCAUUCGUCGUGACCUACACCCUACUAAGUAUCGCUGCGUGCGUCUACUAUUUCACGCCGCUUCUCGUUGUCAUUUCGCUCACGCAAGGCACACUGAUGUUUCUGGUGUGUAAUUACUUCAGAAGCAAGACGUUGGUCUGGAUCUCAUCACUGCCCCUUCUCUACUAUUCAAUGCACAAAACACUGGAUAUCACUGAUAAUCCUUUUCAUGUAUUCACGUUUGUAUCCUACACUAUGCUCAGCUAUGUGUCGUAUUGUAUGGAUACGAGAAACGGAGUAGCUAGAGAGCAGGAUGAUUCUUUAGCUAAAAAAUAUUUGCGAAUGUUGUUCUACACAUUCUAUCAACCGUACCUAUUCUCCUUGAUCGUGCUAUACAAGGAUUUCGAGCGGCAGAUUGCAGAAAGAAGCACACGACCCAGGAACUGGCGACACAGUGUGCUUUUGGCGAUAAGAAUUGCCUUUUGGUGGACGCUUUAUGAGGUUUCAUUACAUUUCAUUUACGUCGAAGCACUGCUUAAGAACGCACGGUACGCGGGCAGUCUACCAAAGGACCAAUUUUUUUCGUUGGCACCAGCACUUGGAAUGCUCUUCCAAAUGAAAUAUGUUGUCAUUUUCGGUUUACCAACUGUGUUUGCUCGAUUCGACAAUAUGGAUCCACAAAAAGGACCGAUUUGCAUCACUCGAGUGACGCUGUUUUCCAAGGUGUGGCGUGAAUUCGAUCGUGGCCUCUACAAAUUCUUCAGAGACUACAUAUUUGUUCCGAUAUGUCGGCCGACAUUCUCACUGCAAAGAAAAGUAUUCGGAGUGCUUGUCUCAUACUCGUUCGUCCUUUUAUGGCACGGCUUUUAUCAUCACAACAUAGUGUGGAUCAUUCUAAACAUCAUCUCAUUGGUGUUGGAGAUGAGCGCCAAGUCAGUGUACUCAUUCGAGGCAUUCCGUAUGUGGAGAGAGAAAACGUUCAGUGAUGUGACAUUCCGAAGAAUUCUAGCCGCAUUGCAUAUCUUGCCUUUUGCCUUUGGAUUGUAUUCGAAUAUAUAUUUCCUUGGAGGUUCCGAAGCAGGAGGGCUGUUUGUGAAACGCAUGUUCGACGAGGAAACUGUGACAUUAAGGUGGGUAACGCCUUUCACUGGGAACAAAUGGCCUUUCAUUCUGCUUCUCGUGUUGGGUUACUUCUAUUCCAACACUUGCAUAGAAGUGGAACGGAAAUUGGAACUUCGACGAAAAGAAGAAGAAGAAUGCGCCUUAGAAAAGCAGGAAUGA